AUAUUCAUCUCUUCAUGGGAUCCUCCUUCUCUACUAUGACCGGCAGUGCUGGGCCGCCUAUUCCUUCCCUCUGUGAGCCUAGGACCCUCGUCAUGAUUGGUGCCCCCAUAUCCGAGGGCCAGGACUACGAUUCUGGAGUCGCUAAGGCUCCACAAGCCCUUCGAGAUGGAGGCCUAUCAGCUGUCGUCGAGGAAGUGGGUUGGGGCUUCGAGGAUCGGGGCGACCUAGACUUGGAUCAAUUGGCCGAUACACCAGUCCCCAACGCUCCACCAGUGCCGUCCUCUCGAGCCACCAUCCCGUUUUACGAUAAUGCGAAGAUCAAGAAUUGUGAGAAAAUCGGCCGAGCCUGUGGGCAUAUAUUUGAUGCAGUGUAUAACGCGGCCAACGAGGGGAAGUUCGUCUUGACUGUCGGUGGUGAUCACAGUCUCGGUUGCCCUACCAUUGCUGGUGUCAUGCGUGCCCGUCCUAAUGCUUGUGUCGUUUGGGUUGACGCCCAUGGUGACUGCAACCAUCCUGAAACGAGUCCAUCGGGGAACUAUCACGGUAUGCCUGCUGCCCAUGCUAUGGGAUGGUUUGAGAAGCGUGCUAGAGGCUUCGAAUGGAUGGAUGAGCAUCUGUCACAUCCACUCAAGGAAGAUCGAAUCGCAUUCAUUGGUUUACGUGAUAUCGAUCCAGAGGAGAGGAGGCUUCUCAGGCAAUCUAAGGUUAAGUGUUUCACCAUGACUGAUGUCGAUCGCUUGGGCAUCUCGGCAGUUAUGGAGGAAGCUCUAAAGCAAAUCAAUCCAAGAGGCGAUCGUCCUAUCCACCUCUCUCUUGACAUUGACGGCAUAGAUCCAGUAAUCGCCCCCGGAACUGGUACCAAGGCCAAGGGCGGCCUUACCUACAGGGAAUCGCAUUACAUUUGCGAGAGGUUGGCUAUGACAGGACAGUUAGGCAGUAUGGAUCUUGUGGAGAUCAACCCUGUGAUGGAUAUGGAAAUCCUAAAGAAAUCCAGAGAUAUGAGCAGCCCACAGACGGCAGUCUCGGUAUCAUCCAUUGGCCAGCCUCUUGAUGAUGAAAACAAACAUGGUGACUGCGAAUUUGAAGAGCAACUUCAUGGCGAUAACCCUCUAAUUCGGGGCACACCAACUGUCCGACUUGGUCUGGAAUUGGUGGAGAGCGCUCUCGGAAAAACCAUCAUAUGAAAUCAAUUUGUCUAGCUUGAGGACAGGUCGUUUUUUUACUGUAACAUACUUCAUAGUCCCACUGACAAAGUCCCCGUGAUCCGUCUUGAUAUUAAAUUGGAUAUCUGCAUCAUAUAUGGCCAACUUUCUACUAUUUUCGUUGCAAUGGGGUGCAAUUGAUGUGUCAAGCAGUGGCAUGCACUGACAGCCACUGAAAUGUCUCCACUCCUAGCAAAAUGCGGAGUGAGUGUAUAUCGCCAUCAGUACGGUAUGAUUGGUUUUUCAUGUGUAUAUCGAUGAAAAGGUGGA